GCCGGGCUCGUGUGCGCCCCCAGAUUACCCCUACAGCCUCGUGAGCAAGGAGCUGCGCGGUGUCAUCAGAGCUCUGCUGGCCAAAGCCUCCGGCGCGCUGGAGCUCUUCCUGGACCACUGCAUUUACACCAUGCUGCAGGAGCUGGACAAGACGCCAGAGCCGCACGACACAGUCGCCCCGACAGCCACGGCAUCUCCCCUCUCCUGGAUGUAGCAGGGCCACGGCCACCAACGUCCUGCUGUCGCCGGGGGUCAUGGGCGCUGCAGAGCCCAGGCUGAGGCCGCCUCCCCGCUGCAGAGGAGGGCAAACCCCCCAGUGCACCCCAGUCUGAGCAAGGGGGAAAUCCCUUCCUGCCCCAGUGCGCAGAGGCCCCCCUGGCCGCCGCCUUCCCCUGCACAGGUGCAAUGCGGCUGGUGUUUCUGCAGGUGAUUCGCUGCAUGGGUACCGCAUCUGCAUCUGCAUCCAGGCCAUGCUGCUGGACCGCCCGAGGAUCGCCACUGCCAACCUGGGCAAGUACCUGGAGCUGCUGCGGUCUCACCAGAACAGGCCGGCGAAGUGCCUCACCAUCAUGUGGGCCCUGGGGCAGGCCGGCUUCGCGGACCUUGCCGAGGGCCUCAAGGUGUGGCUCGGCAUCAUGCUCCCGGUGCUGGGGAUGAAGGCGCUCUCCCCCUACGCCAUCGCCUACCUGGACCGGCUCCUCAUGACGCACCCGAACCUGACCAAGGGCUUUAGCCUCAUCGGCCCCAAGGACUUCUUCCCGCUGCUGGACUUUGCCUUCAUGCCCAACAACUCCCUGGCGCCCAGCCUGCAGGAGCAGCUGCGGCAGCUCUACCCCCGGCUCAAGGUCCUGGCAUUUGGCACGACGCCCGAGACCACGCUGCACGCCUACUUCCCCUCCUUCCUGUCCAGAGCCACCCCCAGCUGCCCGCCCGACAUGAAGAGAGAGCUGCUGCACUGCCUGCACGAGUGCCUCAGCACCGACCCCCUGAGCUUCAGCGUCUGGCGCCAGCUCUACAGCAAGCACCUCUCGCAGUCCAGCCUGCUCCUCAACCACCUCCUGGAGUCCUGGGACAGCAGCCCCCGGAAGGUGCGCCAGGCGCUGCAGGACACGGUGUGCUCCUUUAAGGUCACCAACGAGGAGCUGGCCCUGAAAGGGGCCGGCAAUGCCCAGGACGUGGCGGCCUGUGACAUCGCCUGCAAGAGCCUGCUGCACCGGCUGAAGGGGCGUGGGUUCCCGUGGGCACGCCUACUGCUCGUGGCCCUGGUGUUCCUGGGCGGCUUCCUCAUGCACGACAUCCGCAUCCACGGCUCUUUCCACGCUUCCUCCUCUGCCCACGUCCUCCGGUCGUCGGGCGUCCUGGCGGCGUCGCAGCUGGCCUGGCACGAGGUUUCCCAUUACUCCCUAGAGGGGUACAGCUGGCUGGAGCAGACUGUCCUGGCCUACUACACGCGCAGGCCGGCGCUGGAGCCAAACCUGCGGCUGGUCUGGGCCAAGACCAACGAGACGGCCACGUACCUGUCCGGGAAGUGCUCCUCCCACCUCGCCUGGGCCUGGGACCGCCUGCCCUGGCUCGCCGAGUGGCCCCGCCCAACCCGGCUCCCUGUGCCCACGCCGCAGCUCCAGGCCCGGGUCCCGGCGGGCCCCGAGCCUUAG